CCAUUGGGCACCGCAGUCGCCGUUCGAUUGAACUUCGGUCUUUUUAUUGGCUGCGGCGUCAAGGGAAGGCGGGCAUUCGCUUGCGGUAGGCAGAAGGAAGCUUUGCUUAGGUCCUAGUGCCCAACCUGAGACAAGCGCCAGCCCGGGGGAGGGAUGGACCAGAGAGUUAGGAGGAAGACGUCGGAAGUCACGUGGACGCCUAGCGGCCCAAUUGAUUGGCUUGGCAGGACAUGAAUGAUGCAGCUGUGAUUGCAGCCAUUUGUGCAAGCCCGCUGACCAUCAAGAGUCUCCAGAGAAGAAACAAAAGAGGAAGGGAAGGUCUGCUCUUGCUGGGAUCCACGAGGCUUUUCUGUCACCAUUCCCGGAACUUUGUCUUCAGGGGUGAAUGCCCCGCUGGUCCUCAAUGCCAGCUUCAGGGCCCACCGUCAUGGGGCUCUAAAGUCCAUGUGGCUUACAACUCUGAACCAGUAGGAUUCCUAAGAGCAGUCAAGGGAACUGGAGAUGUUUAGUUUGGAGGCAAAGAAGACUCAGAAGAAACAUGAUCUCUGUCUUCAAGUAUCCAAAGACCAGUCAGGAAAAGAUGGUUUCGCUUUGUUUUGCUUGGCUCCAGGAACAAUGAGUGGAAGUUGCAGGCUGGUAUAUUUAGCUUUCCUUGUAAGGGAAAGCUUCCUACCAAUGGGAGCUGUCCAAAAGCAGAAGGAGCUUCCUCUGGAGGCAGUGUUAAGAAAGAUGCAGAGACGGCACAGUAGCAACACGGACAGCGCCCCCCCUGAAAGAAACCGAAACCAGACCCUCAGCUCCGAGACCAGCGUGGACGAAAGCGGUGUCUUUGAAGGCUUGAAGCUUGAAGAUUCCUCCCCUCCACCCAUCUUCUCCGGCUUAGCUGGGCUCCAGUCAGGCACCCUCACGGCCACCCCAUUCCAAUCAGGCUUGGUUCUGGGCUCGGCCCCUGGGGGUGGGGAGGUAUUCAUCCAGAUGCCGGCCCCCCGAGAGGAAGGGGCCAGUCGGGGAGAUGGCGGUCCCUUCCAUCACCGCCCAGCCUCCCACCAUUUCCACCAUGGCCACCACCGGGGCAGCUCCCUGUUACAUGUGGCUGGCGAUCGGCACGGGCAUGGAGAAGAAGGUGGGGAAGAUCAGCCAGGGACACCAGCACCAGCCCUCUCCGAGCUCAAGGCUGUGAUCUGCUGGCUGCAGAAGGGGCUCCCAUUCAUCCUCAUCCUCUUGGCUAAACUGUGCUUUCAGCAUAAGCUGGGCAUUGCCGUGUGCAUCGGGAUGGCCAGCACAUUCGCCUAUGCCAACUCUACCCUCCGAGAGCAAGUGUCUCUGAAGGAAAAGAGAUCAGUCCUGGUCAUCUUCUGGAUAUUGGCCUUCCUGGUGGGGAACACCCUGUAUGUACUGUAUACUUUUAGCUCCCAGCAGCUGUACAACAGCCUCAUCUUUCUGAAGCCCAAUUUGGACAGUCUGGAUUUCUUUGACCUGCUAUGGAUUGUGGGAAUUGCAGACUUCAUGCUGAAAUACAUCACCAUCGCACUCAAGUGUCUCAUUGUGGCCCUGCCCAAGAUCAUCCUGGCUGUCAAGUCUAAGGGCAAGUUCUAUCUGGUGAUUGAGGAGCUGAGCCAGCUGUUCCGGUCACUCGUUCCCAUCCAGCUGUGGUACAAAUACAUCAUGGGAGAUGAUCCCUCCAAUAGCUAUUUCCUAGGAGGGAUCCUUAUUAUCCUGUACAGCCUUUGCAAGUCAUUUGAUAUCUGUGGCCGAUUGGGUGGCGUAAGGAAGGCGCUGAAACUUUUCUGCACCCCUCAGAACUAUGGAGCCCGGGCCACGAGCCAGCAAUGUGCCGAGGCCGGGGAGAUCUGUGCCAUUUGCCAAGCCGAGUUCCGGGAGCCUUUGGUACUAAUGUGCCAGCAUGUCUUCUGCGAGGAGUGUCUCUGCCUUUGGUUUGAUCGUGAGAGGACAUGCCCUCUCUGCCGUUCAGUUGCCGUGGAAACCCUGAGAUGCUGGAAGGAUGGCACCACUUCUGCCCAUUUCCAAGUGUAUUAGGUCAGAAGACUUUUAGACUGGUGGAAAGGCCCAGGGGAGCAGAUGUUGGGAAGGGCCCCUGGAUCUCCAUCACCCACCAAUCUCAUUUAGUUGGUUUCUUCCCAACAAAGCCUCCUGUCCUCAUCCACAUUCCAUGAAGUCUAUGCUGGUGAAUAGCUGCUAGUCUGAGUCUCUUCCAUGGGACCUUGUUCACUCUAGAUCAGAGCUCACACCCUUGCUUCUCUAUCCUUCCCUCCCUUCUCCUCCAUAGACUAAUGAAAGCCCCCAACCCUGAUAAUAGUCUCAUCCCUUUUUGGCCAGGUCCCCUAAAAAUAAGCCCUAAAGAAUCUGACAUGGUUCCAUUGAUUCAUCCAUCUUCCAGCCUUUCUUACCCCUCAGGAAGUAGUGGACAGUGUUAGUCACCUAGCUAGCUGUACUGUGCUCCCAACCCCCAGCUAGGUGGUGUGGUGAGUAGAACACAGGAUUUGGGGUCAGUAAGGCCCAAGUCCAAAUGUUGCCUUGACAGACACUAACUUUCUGACCCCAGGCUAAGGCACUUAGUAAUUAGUAUAUAAUCUUUCUGAGCCUUGAGGUUCCUCAUCUCUAAUAUGGGCAUAAUAAUACCACCUACCUCACAGGGUUGUUGUGAGGAUGAAACAUGGGAAGUACUUUGCUCUAUAAAUGCUUCUGUUAGGACUA